UACAACGUAUUGGCCGACUACUGAUUCCUGAUACCAUUCAAUCCAUUUGAAUGGAUCCAUUUGAAUGGGUAAUUUCUCUUAUUUUCUAUUAUGUUGUGUUUGGAGUUUGUCUUCUUGUUUGUUGUUGCUGAUAACGAAUACAUCUCCGUGAACGAAUAGUGUAUUGCAAAAUCUCUACAAGUGAAAGUUGUUUGAAACGGGAGGCCCGACAACGGUACGCAGCCAACAAAAUAGCCAUGUGAAAACGACAGCCGUAUCUAGGGCCUGCAAGGGAGGCUAAAGGUUGUUGGCCAUUGCUCAAUUCCUCUGAUAUGACGAAGCUUGAUAUUCAUGACUGAUAAGAGAAGAAACUAUUGACUUGGACCAAUGGGAAGCGUCCCGGUUCAUAACGACCGGCUUGUAUCGUAGACUCCCAAAGAGUUCUUCCUUGUCACCUGUGUCGCACCAACCGUGUUCUGGUCAGAAGACAAUCGAGCGGACCGAGGACUGAGCACAACUGGACACACAUACUGACUCUGGUUUGGACCAAACUUGAUAUCGACUGCCUACCGGUACUUCCCGAACUUUAGCAGAAGAUUUCAAGAAAACAAAUAUGCUGUGGAAACUGUUGCUGCUCAACUUGGUGAUGUUCGUCGCUUUCCGCGGGACAACCAGCCAAUAUUUGCCGGUGCCCCAACCCGAGCCCCAACCGCCUGGCCCGAGCUCAGGUUGCGCCGCCGACAUUGUUUUCAUUGUUGACGAUUCCUCCAGCAUAUUGGGCCCCCGGUUCGGCCUCGCCCUGCAAUUCAUCAUCGACUUUCUACAAUGCUUUACUGACCAGGAUAUCGGAAUCGGAGUCAUACUUUACAACUGCGUACCGAGGACAGGUAUUCCGCUGGGCAUGUACACAAUCUCCAACCCCGGUCUACCUUUCGCCAUCAGUAAUCUGACGCAGGAGGGAGGCCUGAGCCGAACAGGACACGCCCUCAGCUUCAUGACAGACACGUCUAAAUUCCGUACCGGGAUACCUCGGACAGCUAUACUCCUGUCAGACGGAUUCCCUCAAAGUGACGCUAACGCACAGGCAAUGGAUGACUAUGAGGCACAAGCUGAGGCGGCAAGGGACGCAGGGAUCGACCUGUACGCUGUGGGUGUUGGAGCUGCAGGGUCAGUGAACUGGGAUGUGCUGGAGACCAUCACCGGUAGCAGCGACCGCGUCUUCAGGAGCGACAACCCCUGCAGAGUCGCCUUCCGUAUACUGGCGGACCUCUGCGCAUCAGCAGCUGAGGUCGGCUGUUUGUACAACGGACUCAUCAUACGUGUAGGGGAAGAGUACAAGCCGGACGACUGCACCUGGUGCACCUGCCCAGCUGCCGGAGAGGAGCCUGUGUGCUACAUCCAGGACUGUGCGGCUCCGUACUGCGACGAUCCCGUCAAGGUCGCGGGGCAGUGCUGCCGGUCCUGCGACCCUCCGCCGGGCUGCCUGCACAAUGGAGCCAUCAUCCCCGUGGGGGAACAGUACAGAGCACCGGACGGCUGCUCAUGGUGCCACUGCGAGGCCGACGGAGCACAGGCGAUUUGCGCCGCUGUGGGCUGUGCAUUCUCGUCCGCCUGCGUCAACCAUGUCCGGUACGCUGGAGAGUGCUGCCCGGUCUGCCCGGCCUGCUGCCUCGGCUGUCAGCACGGGGACGGCAUCGUUCCUUUGGGGGCUUCUUUCCAGGAGGACCCCUGCACGACCUGUCACUGCUACGGUGGACAUAUGGCUUGCGCGGUGGUGGCCUGCGCCGCUCCGCCCUGUGCUAACCCCGUGCACGUCCCGGGACAGUGCUGUCCUGUCUGCAUCGGCUGUGAUCACCAGGACGGCAUCAUCCUGGUGGACAAAGAUUACAAGGUGAAUGACUGCAUGACGUGUUCGUGCCCUGCUGCGGGACAGCAACCGAUUUGCUCCACUGCAAGUUGCAUGGCCCCGGCCUGCGACCCAUCCGAAUACACGAAGGUAGCAGGACAGUGCUGCCCUGUCUGUCAAGCUGAAGCUCCGGAGGGCUGUCCGUACAACGGCAUAGUCAUCCCCCUGCAUACCAUUUACAAGCCGGACGACUGCACCGAGUGUAACUGCUAUGAAGCCGGAGUGGCGCCGGCCUGCAUAGCCAUUCUAUGCCCAGCCCCAGCAUGCCCCAACCCGGUGGACGUAGCUGGGCAGUGCUGCCCUGUCUGCCGCGAGAUCGUCGCGACUGGGGAUUAUGGGACCAUGUAGAGGAGGGUAAGGGAUUUAUACGUCGAUGAAGGCAACCCUUCUGAUUGGAGACUGCUUGCUGCCCUGUGUGACACUAGGUACAUGCACAGGAGGAUACAAGCUUCUAGCAAAGUGAUAGGUGACUCAGCAGCUGCUUGAUUAGUGGCAAUAAGGGAAUGGCAGCAGUGGAUUGCCCAUUUUUCCCCAAAUAAAGUUUGGUCUCCAUGAGCA